AGAUGGCGACCUCCUUUCACGUUCGCGCCAGUGAAUCGUCCUGCUGGUCCAGCUCUCUUCGGCAGUUAGCUUAGCGUUAAUAUGUUUGAGUAACUUCUCCAGUGGUCAAAUGUGAGCCUCUACCGCUGAAGUUAGGACAGCAGAGCCCAAAACAUGUCGAGGGGGAGGCUGGGUUUGGAAGAAACUCUGCUUGUUCCGAGCAAUGCUAGUACUCCGUCUGACGGAGGCUGUGAAGUCGUUGAUCUCAGUGGGAAAAGCCUGAAGGGUGUCCCUGUACCUACUGACGAUCAGAUGAAUGCGUCCACUCUCAUUCUGAAUCACAACGAAAUUCCUCGACUCGAGAAUCUGGAUAAUUAUGGCAACUUGCGAAAACUUUUGAUCUCUCACAACUCAGUAACACGCAUGUAUGGUGUGAGCCGCCUUUACACCCUCCACAUCCUUGACCUUUCAUUCAAUAACAUUUCCUCUAUUGAAGGAUUGAGGGACCUGAAGCACCUUCAACGCCUCUCCCUUGCUGGAAAUAAUCUGAAGUCAGUGGCUCAUCUGAACACCAACAUCCAUCUCACAUAUUUAGAUCUUUCAAGCAACUGCAUUUCACAAGUGGCUGACCUGAAGAAUAUGAAGCAGCUGAAGGUAUUACUUCUACAUGACAACCAGAUUAAUGACUUGAAGUUCUGCGAACGAUACUUGCCUGACCACAUUGAAACCCUGACGCUGGCCAACAAUCGUGUCACAGACCUCAACCAGGUUAGGUAUUUGAAACAACUGACCUAUUUAACACAGCUCACCAUUGAUGGAAAUCCCUGCGUUGACUUCACAGGGAAUAAAGUGGGAUUUGAUUAUCGUCCAUUCAUUGUCAAUUGGUGCCUGAAUCUCAAACUCUUGGACUGCUGUGUUGUGACUCCCAAGGAAUGCUUGAAAGCAGAGUGGCUGUAUUCACAAGGAAAGGGACGAAGUUUUGCUGUGGGUCAACACAAGGAACUAGUCAACUAUUUAGUAUCAUCUUGUCCUCUGAGUGAUCAGGGGAGUUUGACCACAGAAGAUGAGGAAAGGCUGGCUAAAGUCUUGCGCAUGGCUGCUCAACAUCAACUGGCCAUUGCCAAUCAUGAUGGCUCCAAAACAGACAAGGAUGCAGACACCCCACAGUCGACAAAAGUGAGCAAGAAAGAAGAAGAAGAAAAGAUAGGAGAGAGGAGGUCAAAUGAAAAGCAGAUGGCAAAUCGGAGGGCCAAUCUGCAACUGAAGAAUGGGAUCCCUUCAAAGUGGAAUAGCAAGGAAGAGCUGGAGUCUGAGCUGCCUGUUUUUUCUUCAGGGAACAUGAUUGAAUCAAAUCCUGAUGUGCAGGCAUUUGACUGGAAAGCCCUUGACAGGAAGACUGGGUCCCGUCGAUCUCAGUACAAUGUUCAACUAUCAGCAUCACUGUAUUCAGACCCAAAGCAGCUGAUGAGUCAGAGCUUGGAACCCAGGAGGGCAAGGGAUAUCUUUGGAGAGCAUGAACCAGAUGUCAUGGUCCAGAGCAUGGAUGCUGGCAUGUUCACCCAGAAUGGGGAUCUUCAUAUUGAGGACAUUGAAUGCAAGUCUUCUUCAGUGCUGCUGGAAUCAAAAGGAAGGAAGAUAGCACCUGCAAGCAAGGGACAGCCAUAUAUACAAUUGAUGAAGAAACCAUCUACGCCCUCAUCAAGUCGACCAAGCAGUCGGGCCAGUGUUGCAAGUACUGGCUCUUCUAUUCGGCCAGUUGGAACCCCGAAGAUCCCCCGUGCUACCCAACGCACCAUUGUUGCAGCUCGUCGUCUGGCUGCACCAAGCCCUCCAAUGAAAGCCUCAUCUCAAAUAGGCAUGAAGGUGAUGAAGGGCAGGCCAAAGCCAACCAUCCUUAAUUCUCCUUUGCCCCUGAACACUGUGGAUCCAAGGAAGGAGAAGGCUGCCAUCAUGAUACAGAAGCAUUGGAGGGGAUACAAGACACGAAAUCUGGAUACCAAAGUUACAAAGUUGCUUGGGCAACUCCGGGCUGAACGCAUUGAAGAAUACAUCACUGACAUAGUGAAGAAGAAUAAGUCGAUGGCAGCAGAACUGGAGCGGGUGUCCCAGACAUUGGAAGCUGAGAAAAAGAUCAAUGGGCAGUUGAAGGAUGCUAUUCUUGCUCUUUGGUACAAGGUGCAAGCUCUUGAGAGUCGAAGUGGGCCAAACACCCCUGCUUCAGUUGCAUUCAGUGGUAGUGGGGACACAGGAGUGCAGUCCCUGACCCAACUCACCUACAUGUAUGCUGACCUUCAGAAACAGGUGUCAGAGAUGAAAGAGACCUUAGGUGGGCUGACAUGUGAGAAACAUCCUGUUCCAAAUGCACAUGGUUCAGGUGAUGCUUCAAUGUGUAGUCUUGAGAGGGUGGUCUCUAAGGCUAUUCAAGCACCUUCACCUACUCCACCUGACAAGGAUGAGAAGGUGAAAGUUACCCUCCCAAAUGAUGCUCUUAUUCGUGCUCUUGUCAUGGCCCAGCUGGAGCAUCCAUUGGAGACCCAGCCCCCAUCACACCGUCCACCUCUCAUUCAUCGUCCCAAAUCUCUCCCAUUAGUAGGGCAGCUGCUUCGAGCAAGGGCGAUCUCUGCAGAAGAGCUGUGCCGAAAAUGCUUAGAGCGUAUCCAGCAAAUCCAACAUCUCAAUGCAUUUAUCUCUAUCCUUGGAGACUCUGCCUUGCAAGAAGCCCGUGAAGCAGAUGCACGGAUUCAAAGAGGAAAGGCACUAGGGCCCCUGGAUGGGAUUCCAGUGGGUGUGAAGGACAACUUCUGUACCAAAGGAGUGCAAACAACAUGUGCAUCUCACAUGUUGGAGAAUUACAUCCCUCCCUAUGAUGCAGCUAUGGUGGAGCGCCUCAGGGCAGCUGGGGCCAUUCUCAUUGGCAAGACCAACAUGGAAGAAUUUGCCAUGGGUGCAUCAGGGAUUGAGUCUAUAUUUGGUCCCAUCAAGAAUGUGUGGCGUUCAGGCCUGAAAUAUGGACUGUAUCACCAACCCCUGUCAGUUCCUAUGUCGUCCCAUGCAGAUGUGACUUUAAAUGUGACUAAUGUGAGACAGAUGCAUCAGGAAGUGAUUGGUGAACUGGAUCUGGACCAUCUUGCAACACGAGGCCUGGAUUCAGAUUGGUUCAUCAGUGGAGGAAGCUCAGGGGGAAGUGCUGUGGCAGUUGCUUCUGGUGCCAUCUUCCUAGCAUUGGGGUCAGACACUGGUGGAUCCACACGCAAUCCUGCUGCAUACAAUGGAAUCAUAGGGCUGAAACCCACUUAUGGUCUCCUGUCUAGACAUGGACUUGUUUCCCUUGUCAAUUCAUUAGAUGUCCCAGGGAUCAUGACCAGAUCAGCUGAGGAUGCCCUCCUUGCCCUCAAUGCCUUGGCUGGAUGGGAUGGAAGAGACUCAACAACACUCUAUCGACCCUGGGUUUCUACCUCUCACAAAUAUUUGAAAGAUUCUGAUGUGCAGAAGCUUCGAGUGGGGAUCCCAAUAGAGUAUCACUGCCCUGGAAUGUCCAAGGAUGUACUGCAGGCAUGGUCUGAUGUUGCUGAUAUUUUUGAACGGAAUGGUACCCGCAUACAAAAGGUCUCCAUGCCACACACGGCUUACUCGAUCCCUUGUUAUGUGGUGCUCAACACAUGUGAGGUAGCAAGCAACUUUGCCAGAUACGAUGGGAUUAGGUUUGGCCUGAGAACAGAGGUGACAACUUCCACAGAGGACCUGUAUGCCUCCAAUCGGAGUCACGGUUUUGGGAAAAUUGUCAGGGGACGCAUCCUUGCUGGGAACUUCUUCCUGCUGAAGAGAAACUAUGAGAAGUACUUGGGUCGGGCAUUUAAGGUUCGUCGUUUGAUCAGCGAUGACUUCAAACGAGUCUUUUCUGAGGUGGACGUUUUGGUGACCCCAGUGACACUCACAGAUGCCCCAAAACAUUCCGCCUUUAUGCAAUCCAAUGAAGAAGAGUACAACGAGUACGAUCACUGCACCAUGCCUGCUAACAUGGCCGGUCUUCCUGCUGUGACUGUCCCAACGGGUCUUUCGUCUCAGGGUCUUCCACUUUCAAUCCAGUUGAUCGGCCCAGCUCUUGGGGAUGUUUCCCUGUUACAUCUUGCAUCUUGGUUGGAAUACCAGCUCAACUGCCCCUCUCCUUUCUUCACUGACUCAUAAUGAUGACUUCUUUCAAAAUUUUGAUCACCCUUUUCAGGCAUGUAAAGCCAAAGUAUUUGUUGGCAUAGGAAUUGAAUAAAGUAAGUUAUUUGCAUCUUCAGUACAA